UGGGGCAUCGCCUAUUCCGCUUCUCCCUGGGCUUCCUGUUUCACUUCCUGGGCCGCCUCCUGUCCCAUCCUGCUGAACAUUAUCGUUGGGCCAAUGCUGUCCUUCGGAUCUGAAGUGGUGAUUACUCUGCCUCAGGAGUGACUUCUGUCCCAGACCCGAAGGGUGACAAAGGGCCGUACACCACAGAGGCUCGCUGUCCCUUUCUGACCGGAAACCUGAAGCCCUGGGCCGCCUGGAACGGGGACGCUCAUCUGGGGCCAAUGGCGGCUUCUAGAACAUGCAGGUGUUUGGCACAUGUGAGCCAGGGUGCGCCAGCUGGAAUCCCAGACAGAUGCAGGGCCUAAGCUACGUCUCCAGCGUCCCGCUCAACAUAGAAGGUCACUUUCUGAGUGGCCGUGCCACAUGAACUGGGCCAUCGAACCCAAGUGAAGGAGAGCCGUUGACAUCAAGCCCUGCUGCAUGGACAUCACUGGUCAUUUUACUUCGCGGCUGCCUUUGGUAGAAUUACACUGACUGCACAGGGGACACUAAUCUUGGCGAGUGCAAGGAUCCCGACCGCCCCCAAAGAAGGAUUUCCAAUGGGGAUGUCAUUUCAGUAGCCCCCAGCCUCCCUAACCCUUCACUGUCAGUACCCCUGCUGCCCCCACUCACCCCCUCUCUUCCCACAAACCCCAUUCCCGCUCUUGGAAAGCAUCCAGCAUCAAAAGUGACCCGAAAGGAACUCUUGGAAUCACCUCUAGGGGUGCCCUGCAUCACCCUCUCGAGAACCGGGGUCCUCUCCGUACCACCAUGGCCUGGCUUUUUCUAAAGGUUUUGAUGGUGGGGUUGAGUUUCUUGGGAUUUUUUUACCCCCUUGUGGAUUUUCACAUCGAUAGGAAAACUGGGGGCCAGAGACCCAACUUUGUCAUCAUCCUGGCCGAUGACAUGGGGUGGGGUGAUCUGGGCGCCAACUGGGCCGACGCGAAGCCCAUGACCACCAACCUUGAUAAGAUGGCUUCCGAAGGAAUGAGGUUUGUGGACUUCCACGCGGCUGCCUCCACCUGCUCGCCGUCCCGCGCCUCCCUGCUCACCGGCCGGCUUGGCCUUCGCAAUGGCGUCACCCACAACUUCGCAGUCACCUCCGUGGGGGGCCUUCCGCUCAAGGAGACCACCUUGGCCGAGGUGCUGCAGCAGGCUGGCUACGUCACAGGCAUGAUAGGCAAAUGGCAUCUUGGGCACCACGGGCCGUAUCACCCCAACUUUCGUGGCUUUGAUUACUACUAUGGAAUCCCGUACAGCAACGAUAUGGGCUGCACGGAUACCCCGGGCUACGACUACCCCCCUUGUCCGGCGUGUCCCCAGAAGAACGGCUCCUCACGGCACCCUGAGAGAGCCUGUUCUACGGACGUGGCCCUUCCUCUGUACGAAAACCUCGCCAUCAUCGAGCAGCCCGUCAGCCUGAGCGGCCUGGCGCAGAAGUACGCGGACAAAGCCACCCAGUUCAUUGAGGAUGCCCGUGCCAGCGGGAGACCCUUCCUGCUCUACAUGGGCUUGGCCCACAUGCACGUGCCCUUGCCUGCAACUGGACCUUCGGCAGACCCGAGGGCCCCGGGGCCAUACACCGCAGGCCUCCGGGACAUGGACAGCCUGGUGGGUCAGAUCAAGGACAAAAUCGACCACAUGGCCGAAGGAAACACAUUCCUCUGGUUCACAGAACCGCCUGGACCUUUCUCAAAUGGGGGAAGCCCAGCCAAGCAGACCACGUGGGAAGGAGGACAUCGGGUCCCGGCUCUGGCUUACUGGCCCGGCAGAGUCCCCGCCAAUGUCACCAGCACUGCCUUGUUAAGUGUGCUGGACAUCUUCCCCACCGUCGUGGCCCUGGCCCGGACCUGCCUGCCCCCGGACCGGCACUUGGAUGGGUUGGACGCCUCUGAGGUUCUCCUCAGCCGCAGGCAGACUGGACACAGGCAAAAGGAAGAGGCCGGAGGUGGAGCUCGAGCCUGUGACGGGAGCGUCGGGCCUGAGCAGCAUCACCAGCUGCCGCUGAUCUUUAACCUGGACGAGGACGCGGCUGAAGGUGUGCCCCUGGACAGAGCUGGUGCCGAGUACCAGGCAGUGCUGCCCCAGGUCAGAAGGGCCCUCGCAGAUGUUCUUCAGGACAUUGCUGACGACAAUGUCUCCAGAGCUGAUUACACCCAGGACCCUUCAGCCACGCCCUGCUGUGACCCAGACCAAGCUGCCUGCCGGUGCCAAGCCCCCCCACAGACCUUCCUCUCCCACCAGGAGGCCUGGCGGGAUGGUUGAUGGGCUGGCAUGUUGCCAAGCUUCCGUUUUACCCUCUGUGGUUGUACCACCCAUCUGCCAGCUUGUCCGGUGGCUUGUGGGUCCAGCAGAGCUUCCUAAGGUCAACUAGGAAGAAAGGCCUGACCUUCUGAACAUUAGCCCAGGAAAACCCCAUGGAUCCCAAGGUUUCGCUGUAGUGCUAGGAGUUGGGGACCGCUUUAGUAGCCAGAUUCUAGUCCUGAUACUAACUCUAAUCCACGACCCCUGGGCAUCUACCAGCAGUCACCCAGGCUUUAAACGCAUGGCUCUGGAUCUGGCUGUGGCACCACACCCUGCAUAUCCCCACCAACCCUUUUCCCGAGGCCAGCUGGCCCGGAGCCAUUAGCAUCCUAUGUCUGCAGCCUCACUGGCCAGUGCAGUGCUGGUUCCGGCCAGCUGCUGUCUUUCAUAAGCCCACAGGUCUCUGCAUCUGGGACAGGGCUCCAGCAGGCUGGUGCGGGGCGGGGGGUUGCCGAGAAGGGUGUUCUGAGUAGCGGCCACCUAGGUAUACAGAGCUAGAGCUGGGUCUAGAAGGUCCUGGGAGAUGAGCCCUGGCACUGGGAGGUUCUCAGAACACACCGCAGCCACAGUGGGCUUGAACAUACCACCGACUGGGAAGACAGUGCAGGACCGGCCAGCGUCAUGCUGUUGUGGUGGGGGCACUGUGAGCCCCCUGGUCUGACUACAAGGAGGCUGGGUCUUGGUCUCAGAGAAGAUGAGGUGACUCACAAGUCCAGCCCCCCUCCCCCAUGUCUGCAAGGGAAAGAUUUUUGAAGUUCACCUUCCCCUUAAGCCUCCAAAGAAGUCACAACAUAAAAGAACGGGUUGAGCACUCCCAGAUGCGCUGCCAUGACUUUAUUAUUAGUGUCCUAAGUGGGACGCAAAGGUAAUACACGGUUUAUUCCAGUCACUGCAAAAAUA